UCGACGAACACAGACGUGCUCAUCAAGCAACUUAAAAAUAGCGUAAUUAACAUUUUUUUUAUUGUGACCUAGUUUUAGAGUCAUAGCGUUUUUGUUGUGAAAUUAUACAGUAUUUAUUACAAAUAUGGACAAAAAGUGAUCUACAAUUAUGGAUAGAAGCCCCUCCCACCAUGGCGGACUGCCACAUUGCUCAUCGUCACCAGCAGCAACACCCAGAAGUCACGCACAGGAUGAAACAGUUGAGGUUUUUUCUACUCCUGAAAUUCAAUCCUGGAUGUCUAGUAUUGAGCAGUGCCUGAAUGAGGUUUCGAUCACGGUUUCGGAAGGCAAGAUGAAUUCCGAACAAAAACUAAGAGUCACUAGCCUUUGUCGCAAAGUCGGAUACGGAGUCUCUCAAAUGGCUGUGCAAUAUCAGUCAUUGAAACAUAAAGCCCUUCAGAACUACGCCACCCUGCAAACGUUAAAGGAAAAUCAAGACCUCGCUAGUAGUUUGACUGAGAUCAAGCAGGAACUACAAGAUACUCUCAUCAAACAUAAGCCGGAAAGCACAUCCUUCGCAGACAUGGUGAAGGGUACAAAAAGCCUUAUUAUGCCUCAUGCAAUCAGCUCUGUCGCUAUAUAUCCUAGUGACCAUACUAAGACCAGUGAAGAGACCAAAAAUUUAGUCCAAAAAAUUGUAUGCCCUGAGGAAAUGAAGCUAAAGGUACGUGGACUUCGGAAAACAAGAAACGGAGGUGUUAUCAUAAGCACAGAGACUAAGGAUGACAUGCUAAAAGUGAAAGAGACUGUCGAGCGUUCCACAUCUGCACUUACUGUUGAUGAACCUCAGAAGCGGAAGCCUCGCAUUAUAAUAAUUGGGGUACCCACUGAUAUGGCAGAGAAAGAAGUUUUCAAAAGUAUUUAUGACCAAAAUAUCGUAGACAAACUUCCAACAUUGACCAAGGAUACCUUUUUGACCUCAAUUAAACUAAGCCAUAAGUCAGGAAAAAGGGAUGCUGACAGCUGCAACUAUAUUGUUGAAGUACCAGCCAGCAUCCGGAAAGUCCUAGUAAAUCAGAACAGGCUCUACAUAAACUGGACGUCGUGCCCGGUACAUGAUUUCACCCUUGUGACUCGGUGCUUCAAGUGUCAGCAGUAUGGUCAUGCAUCCAAGACUUGCAAAUCUGCUACCUCUACUUAUGGCCACUGUGGAGGAGAGGGACACGCGACUCAAGAGUGCUCUUCAAAGGAAGAACCGCCGAAAUGUGCAACCUGUAAGCGCUUUAAAAAACCCUACAAUCACAAAACGGGAGAUUCCGAAUGCCCUGCUAGAAAAGCCGCUGAAUAUAGGUACAUCAACUCCGUAGACUAUAAAGGCGUCUGAUAGCGUCAAACUCUAGAUAAUAUUUAGCUGUAAUCAUUUUUACACAUUAUAUAAUUUCAUAUUUUACUUAGGGAUAGUGGAUUACUGAUUAUUUUUAGGCCCGCAUAUUUACACUCAAAUAUUGUAUGUAAUAUUGUAGGUACGCAAUAUGGAUAUUUUAAUUAGUAUGUAAGCAUUAUAACAAACAUGUGUAAUAACACUGUAUUUGUCACAUUAACCUAGUUUUUAGUAACUAGCAGCAAUUUAUUGUUAAUUAGCUAUAAAUAUUAUAAUAAGCACUUUUACGCCCGAGACACAGGUUUUUACCUAGUUCGGGCAAAUUAUACAUCAGCACUUUUUAGAAUUAGCAAAAUAUUGUAAAAUGAUGUUCAAAGAGAA